CGCCGGGCAGGGUGGAGGUGUCUGCGUCGUCCGCAAGGAUACGUCGUCGGUUGCCGCGACGCCGCCGCGGUUCGCGCAGGCACAGGUACGAAGUGCGCGCGUUUUCGAGGCGGUAUCACGAAAAGCGCAGGAGUGGCGUUUCCGCGUAUCGUUUCUGAUAUCGCUGUUAUGUCCCAUCGUUGACGGGCCGUGGUAGCAAGUAGGAGGUUCGCGGCAUCGGCGUAAAAAGGCGGCCAGGAAAGAAGAGGGAAAACGGGGGAAGGAAGGAGAUAGAGCAGUUGUAUCGCGCGGUGCAGUGCGAAAAGUGUUCGCGAAGGGGACCCCUGGUUUCGUCCCGUGUGCAUGGUGUGCUCGCGUGUGCCGAGAGAGCACGUAGGAACGUUGACUAGUGACACACACGGUGUCGUAAAAGGGGAGGGAAAGAGACAGAGAACACGGCUCGCCGGAUAAUCGUUGUUCACGGUGUGCGGGUUUCGUAAAGGUGCGUCAAAUGACAGUGAGGUGAUCAAUGUGCUUGAAACAUGGCUGAGGAGCUGCUGGUCACCCUGAACCGCGGCGACUCGUCCGGAUUCGGGUUCUCGCUCCUCGGUACCGCGGGUCUGCCGCACGUCAUCUACGACAUCGUCGAGAACUCACCGGCAGCAAAGAGCGGCAAGGUCGAGGCCGGUGACGUCAUACUCAGGGUAAACGAAGUCGAUGUCAACCGAUUCAGUACUAAAGAAGUGCUGAAAUGUCUGCGGCUCUCGUCGGACCCUGUCACCCUGAAGCUACGAAGGGAUCCUGGAAUAAAAGCGCAUGUACGCCGUUUGCUGUCGCCUGGCCAGCCGGUCUGCGACGAGACCGACUCCCCGAAGAUUUCGCACGAGGCGACAACCCUCGCGAGUAACACCAGGGCCGUGACGUCUGGUAACGGCGAGAACACGGAACCGGGAAAGCCUGGAACGCCGGAACUGCCGGGUGGUUCGCUCCAGGAACCGAGUGGCGCGACGCAAUAUGCGACCAGAAGCAACGGUUCCUACAGCGACGCGUCCGGUUCUUCCGAGCUGGAGGCGCUUCUUCCGCCGGUCGACAGUUUCAAAGAGGAAGAACGAGCCCAAUGGGAGCCUCUCUCUGGCGAUAAGUUCACCAGACAGAAGAACACGCCUAGGUUCGAAGCGUACAUGAUGACCGGCGACCUGAUGCUGAACCUGUCGCGCACCCAGCAGAGCACCGGCCUGUUACCGAAGCACCAGAAGAAGGUCGACUCGCUGAGGUACAACAAUCAUCACACCCACCAUCACCAUAAUCACCACAAUCACCAUCAUCAUAACUCGGUACCUACCAGUCCUAACGAGAUGCUGGGCCAUCACCGUGCUUACAAGUGCACCGGUUCGAACUCGGCCAGCACCUCCCCGGUCGGGAUCAGCAAACGCGAGAGCGUCCAGUGCCCGGGCCAGAGCGACGCGAACAAACCGAACGCCGCUAGUUUCGGUUACUCGAGCGGAUUCGUGCGCACCUCGCGCUCCGAGGAUCAUUUGCAAUUCCAAAAGGACCCGUCGAUGAGCGCGGUGGACAUUGACAUUGACGACGACGUCACGUCCAGCCUGAACACACUGUUGGACACGCGGCCGGACAGCGGCCAGGGCCUGUCCAGCGAGCGGAUCGUAUGGACGUACAACGCGCCCGUCAGCUCGCCGUCCGCCUCGGAGCGCACCUCGUGCUGCCAAAACGGCAGCUCGUCGCAGUCCUCGUCGAGUAACUCCUCGACAGAGGGCACUAGUCCCCAGAGAUCCUUAUCGCCGGCCUCCCCUACCUCGGUCUCGUCCUCCGUCAUGUCCUCCAAUUCUGGAUCCCGUAGGUUCCCACCGCCGGUACCCACGGGCACCACCGCGACAGCCCUGGGCCCCUCCGGCGACGGGACCACGUCCUCGGCCUCCGGGCUUCAUCCCACCAACGGUGACCUCAGCCAGUCCGAGGCCAUCAGCAACAUGUCCAGUCCCGACUACAACGACGAGGAGACUAUGGACAUACUCAGUGCCCGCGAUAUCAUGAUGGUCAGUGAUCCGAGUGACAGUGACUCGACGAUACUGGCCAGCGAGCCGCCCCAGAGGAGGCUCAAGACCAACGCGCAGACGAGCAACGCGUACGCGGCCGCGCAGGACGCUACCGAGCACAGGAUAGUGAUACAGGUGAAAGGACCGGACAAGGACGCCGUGUCCGCGAGGAACACCAGCCCCAGGCAGAACAGGCGACGCGGGAACCCCGGCAAUGCCGACCUGGUACCCACCUCCACCGCUCAGAACACCGUGCAGCGGUCAGCCACCACUGUCGCUGGCAACGUUACCCCUGAAUUCGUUGGAUAUCAGGAGUUGAAGGAGAGCGAGGACGAGAAGGAAGCACUGAACAUCUGCAACUACGACGAAAGGCACAGCGGCGCGUCGCCGCCUCAGUCAGCCGACGAAGAAAGUGACAUCGAAAGUCUGCACAGCUUCCAUUACAGCCCGAAAGCGGUGGACCUGCCAUCGGCGAUUCGAUUGGCCAAAAGGCUGUACUCUUUGGACGGGUUCAAAAAGUCUGACGUCUCUAGACACCUUAGCAAAAACAACGAUUUUAGUACAGCUGUAGCCGAAGAAUACUUGAGAUACUUCAGCUUCGAUCAGGACACGCUGGACGUGGCUCUCAGAAAGUUCCUUGCCCAAUUCUCUUUGACAGGGGAGACCCAAGAGAGAGAAAGGGUGCUUAUACAUUUCUCCAAAAGAUUUCUCGAUUGCAACCCGGGCGCUUUCAAUUCUCAGGACGCUGUUCAUACCUUAACUUGUGCUAUAAUGCUGCUCAAUACGGAUCUACACGGUCAAAAUAUCGGCAGGAAAAUGUCGUGUAACGAAUUUAUAGAGAACCUCUCGGAACUGAACGAUGGUGAUAAUUUUCCCAGGGAGGUGCUGAAGCAGCUUUACAACGCUAUUAAAUCGUUCCCCUUAGAAUGGGCCUUGGAUGAAGAAGGGGAUGAAACGGCAAACCAAGCGAUUCAACAGGGUGAUGGUCCAGCGAUAUCUGGAACCGGCAAUCCAUUUCUCGACGUGCCAAAUGUUACGGGUGCUACGGAGUUCAAGAAGGGUUACGUUAUGCGGAAAUGUUGCUACGAUUCCAACGGGAAGAAAACACCAUUUGGGAAACGAGGAUGGAAGAUGUAUUAUUGUACAUUGAGAGAACUUGUAUUAUAUUUGCACAAAGACGAGCAUGGCUUCCGUAACGAUAGUUUACACAACGCGAUACGCAUUCACCAUGCGUUGGCCACGAAGGCGUCCGACUACACGAAAAAGCAACACGUGUUCAGGUUACAGACUGCUGAUCAAGCGGAGUAUCUCUUCCAAACGAGCGAUUCCAAAGAACUACAAUCAUGGAUCGACACGAUUAAUUUCGUGUGCGCGAGUUUCUCCUGCCAGCCGCUAGCAGGAGCUGUUGGCUCUCAACGAAAAUUUCAACGACCUCUGCUCCCCUGCAGUCACACGAAAUUAUCUCCUAGAGAACAGUUACGGGACCACGAGGAAAGGGUUAACAAAUUAGAAGCUGAACUGGAGGAACACAGACGGCACCCACCCGAAAGAGGGGCGAAAGCUCUCACUGUACAGAACUAUAAGGAAAAAGAUGCAUACUUGCAUCACGAGUUGAAGAGGUACAAGACGUACGCGUACUUGUUACGAUCGAGGCUGGUGUUUGCAGAGGUGGAACCACCAUUGGUGGAGAGCAGCAUCGGCGAAGUGGACGAAGGAAGCGGGGCUCUGCUGAAUUCCGAGGUGGCGUUAGUGCCACCGCCGGUUCCCGAUCGACCAGCCAUAAAUAGGUACAGUUACAGGGCUGCCAUUUACAACCGUAAUCUGCUAAACGGUCAGGACUACGGCGGGGACAUUGGUUGACGUGUGAUGGGUGUCUUUUCAGCAUGUGUGGUCUAAUCUGACCUGCAUACGCAGGCAGAAGCAACAGCUGAAAUUUGGAAGAAAUAUUAACGAAAACCUAACGAUGUAUUCGACGCAUCACUUGUUAAGUACUGUACUUUACCGUACCGUGUACUCACACUCUCUUUUAAUAUAUUUAAUCGUGAUUUAUCAGCGGCCAUUAAAAACUGGUAGUGGUAGCAUUCGUACGGCGCUAUAGCACAGCAGCAUUUCGAUAUCUCCAUUGUUAUUAUUCGUACGGUAUCGAUUAUUCUUUUCGCUGGUUUCCCUUCUUUGGAUAAUUCAAUUUAUUCAUCGUCGCUCAAGUAAUCACGUUUCUCGAUAAGUUUUUAUAACGAUUCAUCGAUUCAUUGAAGAGAAAGUUGCUGUCCUAAGCGCAUAUUCGAGACCGGUUAAAACAAAACUGGUGAUUGGGUCCGGGUUCACACCUAAACUCAGCAUAGUGUAAAUGGUUCACUAAUUGUACCCAGUAGAUUGUUAAAGCGUUUAAAAAGACUUGACAAGGCCCGAUUAAGAUUCGUGCCUUGACUGAAGAUAAGACCAGUUACGUAUAGAACAAUUCUAUUAGACAAGAUGGGUGUUCGAACGUUUACUAACGUAGCGAGGAAUGGCUAGCUGUUAAACGUCGUUCAAUUUAUUUGAAUGUAAGACUAACUGUAUAAAAAAAAACAGCAACAGAUGCAUGUUUGUUAAGAAAAAAAUAAUGAAACUACGAGCAAAGUUUUUAAUAACUGAACUGCUCUUUCUUAAAUGUAUUGUAAAAUCCGAUCUAAUUAUUCUGUAUUAAAAUUAUAGUUGUAUAGGCGUAACCUCUAUUGACCGAGAAAAAUUGUAAAAUUCAUUGAUGCAUAAUAUCUAAUGGUUACUAUGCACGGUACUUUGUUGCUAUACCAAACUGUGUCUAUCUUCGUACAAAAUAUCUUACUCGAGCAUCCUUUCGUGCUUUUGGUUUCUGCUUUAUGUUCGCUGCUAAUAUUUUAUAACAUAAUCAACUAGCUUGUGUUGUAUCACAGGAUUGGUGGUUUUAAGGUAACAUUGGCUUCUUUUGCUACUUUAUAAAAUUCAUCAAAGAGCGAGUAUGGGUGCAUCUUUUUUUUUUUAUGUUUGAGUGCUACGUACUGUUUAAGUGUAACAAACUGUUAUCGAGUAACCCCGCGGUAACUGUAACUGUAACUGUAACUGUAACUGUAACUUCCAGACCUAAUUUGAUCAUUGUCAUCCAAAAGGGAGUAGAUUUUUGUUUCACGGAUAAAUUUCGAGUAAAGAUUUUAGAGUAGUUGAUGUCGGAAGUGUAAUGGAACAAGCAACGAGAGUGAUAUUUUGCAAAAAAACUUUACACAAUGAUGGAUUCCAAAGUAUCUUUAUGUUUAUUGUUGAGUAUUUAUUUAAACAGUUAUCACGGCGAACGUGAAGGUUGAAUUAAAAUCGUUGAACAGAUGUUUUUAUUCUUUACAAUAAAAUUAAUUAAGAGUACCGCGUUUGGUCGGAAACGCGUUUUCAUUAUCGAAGAGUUUAAAUGUGCUCUGUCGACGACACAAUCAAGAACGUCUUCUUGUUCGGUGUCUGUUUCUGCUGUUUAAGUUUUCGUUGUUGGUUCGCAACGAAUACGAUUACGCUAAGAGGGUAAGAGUUUAAAUAAUAUGUUACGGAAGUUAAGACUGGAUAAAUAUAUACGCGCAUAUUUAAAUUCGUUUUAUGGCACUGUCAAAUUGUGUAUCAGCCACUUUACAAUUGUAGAUUGUACGAUAUAUUUUUGUAUUUGGUAUAUUUGUCGCGAAUAGCUCGAUCUAUUCUAUUUUAUCUGCGUCCUCGAUUUCUAUAUGUUGCAAGUCUGACGUUGUUCAGCUGACGAAUUUUAUCAUUGCGACGAGGAGAGCCCAUCGAGUCGUUCGUUGUACGUUUUUCUGUGAUCGCGUUGUUUUGCGUUCUGUAAAUUGGUUGAUACGUCAACAAGCAAAAAAAAAAAAAGCGUCACUCGGUAGUCUAUUAGUUAAUGAAAACUAUGUCGCGAGAGAAAGAUCGUAUCUUUCGUUUCUUAUAAAAAAAUUAAUAUUGCAGAUAGGACUACGUAGGCCUCAUAAUUAUUCUAAUCACUGUUCUGACAUUACGUUUAGAUGCAUAACAGUAGCAAUUUAUCGAAAUUAUUCUAGCCUUUUUAAAAACAACUAUACAGUACCGUAUAUAUAUACAUGUAUGUAUAUACUGUGUACAUAUAUACAGAUAUAUGUAUAUGUAUACGCAUAUAAUUAUUCUUGCAUAAAAGUAUUACGUAAUAAGUCAAAUGCUUUAUCAAACGUUACAGCAGCUUUUAAAGAAAGAGUAACGGUUUAGAACUUUUAAAUGGAGUUCGGAUGUUUUUAUUCCUACGCAGAAUAGAUACUUUCAUACUGUUUUUACUUAACGAGAUACAAUUGUUUGAUAACGUUCUAAGUUGCGUUUGAUACACGAGGAAUAUUUAAGUAUUUAUUUCGAAGUAAUUAGCCAAGGGUUUUUUAUUCAUUGACUUUCUAUAUAUGUUUCCAAACUGUUUAAACGUUGAAUGAAAGGCUUAUAUGCACUGAAAAAAAGAGCGUUUGUAAGUAUUACAUAAUUAUUUUAUGCCAAAAUGUUCUGAAUCUAAUAAAACGACAGUGUACUCUUGGGAAUCCAAUAUUAGGGCCCAUCUAAUUUCUUUCCUUUCGAUUUAAGAAUGAAUCAAAACCUACAGUUUUCAGUGGUUACAUUGAAUGACAUUCAUCUAGCGGUUUUAGUACAACUUUUUUUUUUUUUAGUGUAACUUGCAAGUAUUUUUUUUAGUGCAGACGUUAAACGAACCUAUUUGUUGGACUAGUCGAAUUCUUGUAAAUCGAGUUGCUGCCCAGUAUCUAAGAAUAUAUUAAUUUAAACGUGUACCGGUAAAUAUAUUUAAUUACUUUUUAUAUUUUCAUUGUAGCUAGUUGCUUCGAUUAUCCGUUUACUAUUUUUAUUAAUACCAUCCUUUUGUAUCGUUCUCGAGAAGUCGUUCGCUACAUCUAAUCAUAGUGUAUACUAGACCCCUUGUACAUAAAACUGUAUUAUAUGUGGAUAAUAUAAUAAUUAUUAUAAACUAUAUAAUGCUAAUGGCAAUAAAGAUAAACAGUCUCCAGAUUACAUAGAUUCACAAGUUUCACAUACGAAUCCCAAAGUUUCAGAUACCAGUAGGUAUUCUCCUAACAUGAUAUAUGUAUAUAUUAUUAUAUAUAUAUAUAUAUAUGUAUACGCACUUGCAUUUUGUUUUAUGAAAGUUGCAUGCAACACUUUCAUAUGUUACGUGUCAUUAGGCAUUUAGUGUAGUGUGCACAAAUGCCUGCAGCUCUGUAUACCUUCUGCACCAUUAAUUUUACGUUUCGUAAUUAAUUUUGUAUGUACAGUAAUUACUGUCAUUACUUUUACUUUAAUAUUUUAAGUAAAACUUAUGGCUGUUACGUGUACAUUAAAAAUUCCUAAUAGAAUUUUUUCGUCAGAAUUUUCAUGAACCCAUAUUUUUCAUUUGUACCAUUGCUUGAAACAGUUCUUCGCAGUUUCACGACUAACACGAAUUAGAUUUGCAUGGAAUGCAACAAACUUGCUUUAUUAUCGAUCUGAAUGCAUUAAAUAUUAAUUUGUACUUCAGUGUCUAAUUUCUAUUACCAGGUUUUCAGCUGCAGACAAUGUUGUACAAACGAGCAUGAGUACCACACUGUCACACGUUAAUACAAUCGCAAUUACGCAUAUGCAGAACCGUAAAAUCGUAAAAUUAUACAAUACAGAGUAAAUUUAUUUAAAAAACAAAAUCACUUA